GGCUUCUUUAAUAUUCUCCACCAGACAACCAACCUUACGUUUAUACACAGCCCUACGUUCCACUCCCACAAUACACGCCAAAAACCCAAAGAGCCUCCUCACAUCCCAUCCCACAUUCUAGAGAGAGAGAGAGAGAGAGAGAAAGAAAAGAGGGAAAGUGGAAAUCUUGUUCAGUCUGCAAGCGGCCAUGGAUUCCAGGGUCUGUGGCCUCUUCAAGCUUCUGUUUUCCGUCGCCGUGUUCUUGUUUCUUGCCGUGAGCGGCGCUGCAUUGCAAGAAAAUCAAUGGAGUAAACAGACUGUGGCGUCGUCUGCUCAGAUCAAUUCUAACUCGGUGUUGGUGGCGCUUCUGGAUUCGCAUUAUACCGAGCUGUCUGAGCUCGUGGAGAAGGCGCUUUUGCUGCAGACUCUCGAGGAAGCUGUUUCCCGCCACAAUAUCACCAUUUUUGCGCCGAAAAAUGAGGCCUUGGAGCGAGAUUUGGACCCCGACUUCAAACGCUUCUUGCUUGAGCCGGGGAAUCUCCGGUCUCUGCAGAAUCUGCUUCUCUUCCACAUGAUUCCCACUCGAAUCGAGUCCAAGCACUGGCCGGGGGAAUCUACGGGGGCUCAGAAUCACUUCACUCUGUGCCGCGACGCCGGCGAGGAGAAUCUCGUCGUGUCUAAGAGGGAAGGGGAGAGAGAGGUGAGCGCGGCGAAGGUGUUCAGAGUGGACGAUGUAGUCCGGCCGGACGGUGUAAUUCACGGCAUAGAGCGCGUGUUGAUCCCCAAGUCGGUGCAGCAGGAUUUCAACACUCGACGGAGCUUGAGAUCAAUCUCCGCCGUGCUCCCCACCGGAGCUCCGGAGGUGGACCCCAGGACUCACCGCCUGAAAAAACCGGCGAAUCCCGUCCCCGCCGGCGCCCCUCCGGCUCUACCAAUCUACGACGCAAUGGCCCCCGGGCCAGCUCUAGCGCCGGCGCCGGCUCCGGGACCCGGCGGCCACCACCACCACUUCGACGGCGAGAGUCAGGUCAAAGAUUUCAUCCAAACCCUCCUGCAUUACGGCGGGUACAACGAACUGGCCGACAUUCUGGUAAAUUUAACGUCUUUAGCUACGGAAAUGGGGAGAUUAGUUUCAGAAGGCUACGUGCUGACAGUUUUAGCGCCCAACGAUGAAGCCAUGGCUAAGCUCACCACCGAUCAGCUGAGCGAGCCCGGGGCGCCGGAGCAGAUAAUGUAUUAUCAUCUCAUACCGGAGUACCAGACGGAGGAGAGUAUGUACAAUGCGGUGAGGAGGUUCGGCAAAAUCAGAUACGACACAUUGCGGUUGCCCCAUAAAGUUGUGGCGGAGGAGGCCGACGGCUCCGUGAAAUUCGGCCAUGGAGAAGGGUCGGCGUAUCUGUUCGACCCAGAUAUAUAUACCGACGGCCGGAUUUCUGUACAGGGGAUUGACGGGGUUCUGUUCCCGCCGGAGGAGACUAAGCCGGCAGCUCCUAUAGCUGCCCCUGUUGCUAAGGUUGUCUCAAAGCAAAGAAGAGGGAAGCUAAUGGAAGUAGCCUGUACGAUGUUGGGGAGUCUCGGUUUUGCUGGCUGCCAUUGAAAUUCUGCCCCGAAAACUCUGAAAGUUUAGAGAUCUGGAGCGCGAGAUGAUACUGCAAAUGGUGAGUAUAUAGAGCUGUUCUAUUAUGAGAUGAUCAAGAAAUUAAACACCAUUGUUGCAGCAGUACAAUCCUGAGGAGAUCUGAAAGGCCAUUUUGCUCUCUCUGUUUUGUGAUAAUAACAACUGUAAUUACUAUUCAAUUCUUUUGAUUUGUAUUUAAGCCCUCAUCUUGGCCUACUUUUUGGUGUGCAAAAAUAUAUCCCAAACAAAAAAAAAGAAACCCAAAAUUUUUCUUGUUAUUUCAUGGGUGGUGGCUACUGGUUUGCCUUGUUUUUUUCUGGCAUCUAUUUGUGCAUCCUUUUAGCUUGUGAAUGCAUGUUUCUCAGAGUCUUGCUGG